GCCGGCGAUAUUAGCUAGCACUUGCUUUACAGUAUUCUCUGUAAAAGGGAAGACGGUUAAACCAAGAAAUUACACCUGGAUUGCUAAAGGACUGUACUUAAUAAAUUAUAACGAUCAAACAAGGGCUAAUUCAAUUGAAAACGUAACCGACGUUUAAUUUCUGUUGGUGUCUGUUAACUCACGAUGGAAGCGAACGGUGCACACUUCUUCGAGGGAACCGAGAAGCUGUUGGAGGUGUGGUUCUCCCGACAAGAUGAGAUCAAAGGAACAGGGGACCUCCGUACCAUCCCAAGGUUUGAGUGGGACAAACUUCUGGAGAAUGUGCACUGUUUGAUCAUAAGUGUGACAAAGACCGACAAGCAGGAAGCUUAUAUACUCAGUGAGAGUAGCAUGUUUGUCUCCAAGAGACGUUUCAUUUUGAAGACGUGUGGAACCACCCUCUUACUGCAAGCACUGAUGCCCCUGCUGGAACUGGCCAGGGAGUACUGUGGCUUUGAUGCUAUCGAGAAUUUCUUCUAUUCUCGCAAGAACUUCAUGAAGCCUACCCAGCAGGAGUUCCCUCAUCGGAACUUCCAGGAGGAAGUGGAAUUUCUCAGCCAGAUUUUCCCAAAUGGAGCAGCGUACUGUAUGGGACGUUUGAAUUCUGAUUGCUGGUACCUGUUUACUCUGGAUUUGCCAGAGUUCUGGGAGAACAAGCACGCAGAUCAGACGCUGGAAGUUCUGAUGAGUGACCUUGAUCCAGCAAUUAUGGAUCAGUUCUUCAUGAAAGAUGGUGUUUCUGCAAAUGAUGUCACUCGUAUGAGUGGAAUUCGUGACCUGAUACCAGGUUCUGUGAUUGACGCCACAAUGUUCAACCCUUGUGGAUACUCAAUGAAUGGAAUGAAGACUGACGGAACUUACUGGACGAUCCACAUCACUCCAGAGCCAGAGUUCUCCUAUGUCAGCUUCGAAACCAACCUCUCUCAGACGUCCUACGAUGAUUUGGUCAGGAAAGUUGUGGACAUCUUUAAGCCAGGGAAAUUUGUGACUACGCUGUUUGUUAACCAGAGCUCCAAAUGUCGCAGUGUCUUUUCUUCCGCCCAGAAACUUGAGGGGUACAAGCGCCUCGACCGCCAGUUGGCCCAAUUCAACGAUUACAAUUUUGUCUUUACCAGUUACGCCAAGAGCCACCAGCAGAGUUGAGAAUUAAGAAUGAAAAAGAAGCGAAAAAAGAACCACUGCUGCGUAGCAGGGCUAUGCCCCCGCGGCGGCCAUCUCUCUGCCCGAGCAGAGAGGUACAGUCCCCUUUGCUGCCAUUGUUAUUCAGGAUUUAUUGGUUCCGACGAGGCCACAGGCCCUACUAGUGUAACCUCCAGUUUGAAUUGUUGUACCUAUAACUUAGAUCUCUUGCAUGAAAGCUCUUUUCUCUGUUUAGAUAUUCUAGCUCACUCUUGCUGUGAUCUUGAAGUGCAUGUAGAGGAUUUAAACACUCUCUGUUUGUUGCUGGCCAGCCUUGCCUCCUUGCUGCAGGUCUCCCCCCUCAUUCCCCACAGACAGGGCUUCCGCUCCCACUAGUCCAGGGCCCUGACAUGCUCAGAUGGGUCCACUAUUUUGUGCUUACCGACAGUUGAAACACGCCUCCCCACACAACUCUUCCUUCAACUGAUUUGCUGCUUCAUCGAUCUGUUGCAAGUUUGCAUCCUUUUUUACUUUUGAGUGCACUUUAAGAACACAUUGUUUUCAGCCAAUUGGAGCAGGACUCCUCAAUACCAAAACAGGAAACGGCAACCCUUUUUUUGUCUUCUAGAAUGUUCAUGACUUUUGUCUUUUAUUGAGUGAAUAGAAGCAUGUGAGCUUUGGGCCAUAUAGCAUUAUGUGUCAUGUAACGUCGGAGUCUAAUGAAUUCCUUGUCUAAUCAAAAUGCCAUACUUUUUUAGUGUUGCACUAUUAGAGGAUUGGCUAGAGGCUGACCGCCAGGUCAACAUUAUCUAGUUCUUGGCAGUAAACUGCACUGCAGCCAAAGGAAUUGGGUCAGAACGCCCACGUUCAGUCUGCCCACGUUCAGUCUGCCCACGUUCAGUCUGCCCACGUUCAGUCUGCCCACGUUCAGUCUGCCCACGUUCAGUCUGCCCACGUUCAGUCUGCCCACGUUCAGUCUGCCCACGUUCAGUCUGCCCACGUUCAGUCUGCCCACGUUCAGUCUGCCCACGUUCAGUCUGCCCACGUUCAGUCUGCCCACGUUCAGUCUGCCCACGUUCAGUCUGCCCACGUUCAGUCUGCCCACGUUCAGUCUGCCAUGCUUCUCCACCUCGACAAUCAUUUAGCUGUUGAAUGUGUCCUCAAAUGGGCAGGCUUUAAACUUGUCCCAGACGACAGUAUGCGUUAGAGCAAAUCAUUUAGGAUGUCCAGUUGGGUACAUCACGGUAUGGAAUGUGUAAUAUAUAUGCACUUUUAUACCAAGGCUCAUUCAACAGUAUACUGUACCAACAGGACGGAUUUGGUGGUUAGAAUUCCCUGUGGUUUUAAACUCAUGUAUGCAUUCAUGAAAAUGUGAUAAAAAAAAACAACAACAUCCAAACUUAAAUGGAAGAAUGAGUCGCGUAAGAACGAAGGCUGUGCCAACCGUGAUUGUAGAAGGUGUUUAGACUAGAGGAGCCAGUUGAGGUGUUUUCUGUCUGAAUGUAAAUUGCAAGGAGACCUAGUAGACCCUUUGUAGCUGUGGUGUGGGCCAGAACUGCCCUCUGCUGUCGUCCCGCCCACCCCGUUGAUAUUUGAAACUAAGGGGUAGGGACAUCCCUAGGAUCCUGCAUAGCACUACCCCCCCCCUCCCCCCCUCCAUAGUAGACACUGUCAUCUGGCCCCAGAACCAUGCUUGACAGAGGUGCUGAUGGCUGCACAGUGUUGCCCUGAAUGGAAAUAACGAAUCACACUCUGCUUAGUACAGUGGUGGCCCAGCAAAGCAUUUUCUUUUUCUAAACAAUGUACCCCCCAUACAGGAGUCGGUAAGCACACAAUAGAGGCCCACCAAUCUGAGCAUGCCAGGGUGAUCCCGGAUCAUUCCACACAACUGUUGCAUAAACUGCCAUUUUAUAAAUGUUAUUGUGGGCAGACAUUUUGCAGUGAAUUGGUCCAAAAUGUGACUCCAUUGCAGUUUUUUUGGCGUACCAUCAAUGCCCUUUUGUUUAGUGAGGAAAAAUCCUGUGGCACAGGUGACUACUAGUUCUGUAUUGCUUGACAGUGUAGUGUGCUGCUGUCUGUUUCUCCUGUGUAAGUAGAUCAAUGUGCUUCACCUUGUUUAAUCAGCUCAAAUGUACUGGGGCAUUCUGAUUUAUUGAGCAGGUGGGAUGGGGGUUAAUACAUAAAAUAAAAUAAAACAUGCAUACAUACAGCCACCUUACAGUGCUGAAGGCAUGCCCUCAUCUAUCUGGUUAGUAUACAGACUUUGAGAGGUUUGUAAUUUGAGAGCGGAUUUUGAUAGGAUGUUGAGGAUUGUUCUCCAUUGGCUGGUCAGUAAUGUUCAUGAUGCUUCUCCUGCCAGCGAAUGCAGAUUGAGUUUAAUUUACAGACAGCUGGGGUGGACAGGAAUUAUUUUUUUUGGGACUGCGCUUUCGGGCCUACCUUCAGAACUCCCGAGGGUUAUAACUGGUGCUGCUUUGCCCAGCUAGUUUAGAAGGCCCUUAGAACAUUGGAGACCAUCACAUGAUGGUAUACUGUAGUUAACAUAAAGUUGGGUUUUCGUCAAGAAACUGAAUGUGACGGACAUAACAAGCGGACCACUAGAAUGAGUACUUCAGUUCAUGUAAGGACCUGGGCGAAGUUGACAAUUGGAACGACUUGCCUCCAGUACAUCUAUGGGUUAGCUUUUUUUUCUAGAGGACCAACUUUUGCCAAUAGUCUUUAUCUGAAAUGUUAUGACUCAUGUCUGUUUAGUGACCGGCCUCCACUGUUCUAAGAGCUGUAUUGACCGGUUUAGGGAAUAGACACCAGCACUGUUCACAAAUAAAGGUAACGUUUGAUUGCUUUUGGAUAAAGUCCUAUUUAUACUUGAUCUGGGUAGUCCUGUUGGUUAUUUUUUUUUAUUUUUUAUUAAAGUCAAAUUAUUUUUCUUUCUCAAUACCAUUUUUACAAACAUUUUUGUAAGAAAUGCAUUUUUGCCUACAGACCAACUUUUUGUUUGUUUACCUUUUGUUGUAAAACCAGUGUUCCAAAUGCAUUUGUUCUGAAGUUGAGGGGAUUUUUUUUUUUUUUUUUUUACAAGCUAAUUUAAUCAUGUAUUUUGUUUGCCUUACCAAGGAAAAGGUAAACUCCUCCCCUGACGUGAGGGUGCAAUUGCAGGAUGUACUGAAGGGAAAAUGUUUGCUGUUGUAAUUCUUUUGCUGUUCUUUGGAUGGUCAAGAUGUGCUAAAUGUUUCUGUACUAUGAGCUUGAUGCUUUAAUAAAAAAAAUAUUGCUCUUUCUGUGA